UGUAGUUAACAUUUGAUAUUUUACGAUACGAUGCACAGUCUCGCAAUGCAGCCGCUCCUAGUCACAAUCGGUUUGUUCGCCUUUGCUGCGCUUUUGAUAUAUAAAUAUUUGACAUGGCAUUACGGUGUAUUCAAGAAACUAGGCAUAGCCGGUCCGCAGCCAAAGAUCUGGAUAGGCAAUUUCCCUGGUAAACAGCAUUUUGUCUACGAAUUGGACGAAAUUUACAACAAAUACAAACAUAACCAUCAGGUUAUUGGCGUUUUCUUCUCCAGACUUCCGCAUUUCUUAAUACUAGAUCCGAAAUUGGCACACGAAAUUUUGGUAACGAAUUUCAGGAAAUUCAGAGACAAUUUGGGGAAAAAUUGGAUCUACGAUAGAAAUGAGGAUAAAAUGGCUUCCUUCAAUCCAUUUUUCAACGUAGGUGAAGAGUGGAAAAACAGACGCACGGACGUUAUGAGCGGGAUAACACAAAAUAAGCUCACAACAGCGUAUCCCAUUUGGAAAAGCUGUGCUCAAAAACUGACCAAUCUUUUGAAGGAGCAAACAGCAGAAGACAAUGCCAUACUUGAAACGAAGGAUCUUAUCACUCGUUUUAAUGCCAAUGUUUUGGGUGAGUUCCUUUGGGGCAUCGAAACGCAUACGCUCUCAAAUCUUGACAAACCAAAUGCUUAUCUGGAGAUUGCGCACAAAGUACCUCAACAAGUAUUUCAAUCUGUUUUGAGUUACUUCAAAUUCUUAGCUUUCCCCUGGUUCCGACGCUUCGAUAACCAUCGCGUCUUCUCCGCCGAAAUUGAAAGUUUCUUCUCCCAACUCACCAAAGAUGCCUACGUGAUGCGUGAAAGGGAUGCAAGCAAUAAAAAUAGAGUGGAUUUUCUAAAUUACGUGCGUCAGUUGCAGGAAAAGAAGAAUCUCUCGCAUGAUGAGGUAGUUGGUUACAUGGGUACAGUUUUUGCAGAUGGUUUCGACACAGCGGCCGCAGUCGCCAUCCACACUCUCUUCUAUUUGACUCAUCAUCCUGAUUCUCAGGAAAAAGUGCGCAAAGAAGUUUUAGGCAAUCUGGACGCCGAUGGUACCAUUAAUUAUCAGACUUUAACCAGUCUACCCUAUUUGGAUCGGUGUGUACAUGAAACUAUGCGUCUAAUUAGUCCGCUGACCUUUGCUGGACGCAUUUGUACCGAGUCCACCGAAUUGGAAUUAAAUAAUGGCCGCCUAGUGCUCAUUAAAGAGGGUGAGGUGGUUUUGGUACCUACUUUCAGUUAUGUUCACGAUCCUGAUUACUUCCCUCAACCUUGGGAAUUCAAACCGGAUCGUUUCCUGAAUGUCGAUCUCUCAGAUUUGGCAAAAAGAGGUGUUUUUGUUCCUUUCGGUGAUGGCCCCCGCAUUUGCCUGGGACGUCAUAUGGCCAUGCUAGAAGUGAAAACAGCAUUGGCAGAAAUACUUAGGAAUUAUCGCCUGAAAGCUUGUAGCAAAACAACACCGGAGAAGAAACCUGACUCCCAAACACUUAUUUUAGGGGUGGAUGGCGAUUUAAUGAUUGAAUAUGAGAAGCUGUGAUCAGCAAAAUGUUAAUUAAUGAUACACUUUAAAUUGUUUCUUUAUUAUAACACACAGUACAGGUACAUACAUACAUAUUUUCAAAUUUUUGAGCGAUUUCUAUUAACAAUAAAAAUAUUUUAUAUCUGGAAA